UCUGCCUUGAUGUUAUCCUUGAUCCCAACGAUGGGAACAAUGAAGACGCUCCUGUCUCUGGUAGUCUUCCAGCUGCUGCUGGCUCCAGCGCUCAUGGCUCCCAAUGUGGAUCACUGGGACACGUGGGGUCCUUACGGCGAAUGCAGCCGCAGCUGUGGCAGCGGAGUGACCAUGAGAACCAGACGCUGUGUCACACACAGGGCUGAUGGAGGACACAACUGUGUGGGACCAGACAAGUCUUACCGCUCCUGCAACAUCCAGGAUUGUCCAGAAGGCUCAAAGGAUUUCCGUGAGGAGCAGUGCUCCCAGUUUGACGGCACCGACUUCCAGGGGAAACGCUACAAGUGGCUCCCGUAUUAUGGAGCUGAGAACCCCUGUGAGCUGAACUGCAUGCCGAGAGGAGAGAACUUUUUCUAUCGUCAGCGCACCACCGUGGUCGACGGGACGCCGUGUCAUCCCGGGCGGAGGGAUGUCUGUGUGGAUGGAGUCUGCAAGCGUCUGGGCUGUGACAACAUUUUGGAGUCUCCUCAGCAGGAAGACCCCUGCCUGCAGUGUGGGGGCAACGGACAGUCCUGCUACCGCGUCCACAACACCUUCACCGUGCGCGACCUGCCAAACGGCUACAACCAGAUGUUCAUCAUCCCUGUCGGAGCCACCACCAUCAGCAUCAGAGAAACCGUAGCAACACGUAACUACAUCGCCAUCAAGAACCUGCGUGGGGAGUACUACCUCAAUGGACACUGGGUAAUCGAGUUCUCCAGAGCGACUCCCAUUGCCGGCACCAUGCUGUACUACCAGAGAGGAGCCGAGGGAGACAACGUCCCUGAGACCAUCAUCGGACGUGGCCCCACCACUGAGCCUCUGGUCGUUGAGCUGAUCAGCCAGGAGCCAAACCAGGGAGUGGAGUACGAGUACUACCUCCCCAACGGACGCUCCAGAGAGGGAUACUACUGGAGCUUUGGGUCCUGGUCGACCUGCAGCAGAGAGUGUGGAUCAGGCUACCAGUCUCGUUUGGUCUUCUGCACCAUCGAUAACGAGUCCUACCCUGACUACCUGUGCGCAUCUCUGCCCAGGCCUCAAACCAACCGGACAUGCAACCCCCAUCCAUGCCCUCAGACCCGCAGCUGGAGAACCGGAGAGUGGAACACCUGCUCGGUUACCUGUGGUGGAGGCUCUCAGGUGCGCCGCGUGGAGUGCGUCUCCAAUGAUGCGUCUGGUCCCCGGGUGGUGGAGGACGCCGUUUGUGCCGCCUACACCGAGGCUCCUCUCUCUCUGCAGACCUGCAACAUGCAGCAGUGUGCAGAGUACAGAGCAAGUAGAUGGAGCGCGUGCUCAGUGACCUGCGGCUCCGGACAGCAGACCAGAGAGAUCUCCUGUAUCGGCUCAGGAGGAAUGAGACUGGAGGAAACGUCCUGCAGCGGUCUGAUCCGCCCGACUGCCGCCCGACCCUGCGAGAUGGCGGCCUGCCCAAGCCCGAGACAGAUCAGCUGGCAGGCUGGAGAGUGGGGACUGUGCUCCAGAAGCUGCGGCGUCGGCUCCAGAGACCGUCAGGUGAUGUGCUCUGACAUAGAGGGGAACCUGUACCCUGUGGACCAGUGCAGCGCCCAUUCCAAACCCUCCACUGUGGAGCGCUGCAACACCCAGUCCUGCUACAACCCACAGACGGUUCCCAGUGUGCAAGACCCACGAGGACAUGACAACACUCAGACCGGUUUCCAGCCUAUCAGGCCAGAUCAAGCAACACCCCGCAGGCCGGAGACAGACCCGACCCAGACCAACACGGUCCAGGACCCCCACGGCAACGCCCCCGCCCUCCACUGCAGCCAGUCCACGUACGGCUGCUGCCCAGACGGACGCACAUCAGCCGGCGGGCCUCGGGGUCUGGGCUGCCCUCGUACUGCAACUCCCACUUCUGUUCAGCCCGCCUGCAUCCAGACCAGUUAUGGCUGCUGCAGGGACGGAGUGACGAUCGCUCAGGGCCCCAACAAGGAGGGGUGCCGCGAGUAUGCUGCCCCUGCACCCACAGCGUCUCCGUCUCUUCCCACCGAGAACGCACCACAGUGCCGCCUCACCACCUAUGGGUGCUGUUUCGACCGCACCACACCUGCAGGAGGACCCAACGGAGAGAGCUGCCCCAACCCACCCAACCACAUCGAGCGCUCCAUCUGCUCUCUGCCUCGUGCUGCCGGCUCCUGCAGUGCCUGGACAUCCCGCUAUCACUUUGACGUCCUCACCUCCAAGUGUGUGCACUUCUGGUUUGGAGGCUGCCACGGCAACACCAACAACUUCAUGACCCGGGCCGAGUGCCAGAGGGCGUGUCAGGUGCCUUCAACGAGCCAGCAGGGCCCGGGGCCGAUCGCUCCCGCUGCAGAGACUCCCAGGAGAGGAUCCACGGCUGGAAGAACCCCGUCAGCCGGAGGAGGAGGAAGCAGGUCUGGAGCUGGCAGCACAUCAGGAGGAGGAUCUAGAGGAGGUGGAGCCGCCUCAGGAGGAUCUACAGGUGGAUCCACGUCAGGAGGGUCUACAGGUGGAGGGUCACGCAACAUGGGGAGGAUUUUCACAGUCCAGGGAGGCUCCGCAGGCGGCACCGGCAGACAGGCUACGAGUGCAGCUGAACACGCACACAGAGCUCGAGUCCAUCUGCGCCCCCGCCGACCCCCACAGAGCACCGCAGCACAGCACACCGGCCCCGCCGCGAGUUUGACCCUGGGUGGAGUAAGCAUCGAUAAGUCGGACCCCUCCACUGUGGAAGCUCUGUCCGGUCAGACGGUGGUUCUUCCCUGCAGAGUCAGCCCAUCACCGUCCUCCACUACUAUCGUGGAGUGGAGGAGAGACGGCACCCCUCUGUCUCAUAACAGGCAUCACCAGCAGCCCAACGGCUCCCUCUUAGUCGGUCCUCUCACUCAGUCAGACUCCGGUUGGUUCCUGUGUUUGGCGACUCGAGGGCGUGAGAGGGAUCACCGCUACAUCUACCUGUCUGUCACAGAGGGAUCACCUCCUCUGGCUCCCACCUUACUGCCCGGAGACAGUCCCGUCCGUCGGUUCAGCAUCGAGCGCUCCAGCUCCUCUCUGCUGGAGAUGCGUUCAGGACAAACAGCCAGACUGAGCUGCAGGGUCGUUCCUCCGUCCGCUCUGCAGUCCGUCAACAUUCAGUGGACGAAAGACGGACAGACCAUCCGCGACUCCAGGUAUACUCAACAUUCAGACGGCACGCUGAUCAUUGGCCCUCUGAGGUCAGGCGACGCCGGCGUCUUCACCUGCACGGCCUCGUCCCAGCAGCAGCUGGAGCAGAGACAGCUGCAGCUCAAAGUCCAAACCGACCUGAAGAUCACCACAGCUCCCAACAACAUCGUGGUGUCUGAAGGCAGCACGGCUCUGCUGCCCUGCGUGGUGUCAGGAGACAACGUCAACAUCGGCUGGUCCAGAAACGGCAUCCCGGUGCGUCCCGAUGGUCGUAACAUCCUCACCUCGUCUGACGGCAGCCUGAUCCUGAACAACGUGAAGCCUUCAGACGAGGGAACGUACACCUGCAACGCUUACACCGGGAUCUACUCUGUGAGCGCCACGGCUGAAGUCAGAGUCACUAAAGAAACACAAGGAGGUGGUGACGUUCCUCCAGAGUGCGUGGACCAGCCCGAGCUCGCCAACUGUGAGCUGAUCGUCUACGCCCGACUCUGCUCCAACUCGUACUACUCCAGUUUCUGCUGCGCCAGCUGCACCCGACACUCACAGAGGAACAAAAGGUUCGGCCGGCAGGGUUAAAGCUGCAGACGUUUUUUUUAAAGACUCUGUUUGAAACAUUGAAGCCGUUUUUAUGGACUGCAUUUAUAUAAAACAGAAAAAAACCUUCCAACACUGAACACCUGCGAUCGCCAAAAGGACUCCAGACACAGAAAUCUGACCUGUUUGAGGUCAUACAGGGAUAUUACAGGGACUGAUGGCUGUAGAUAUGAAUCUAUGAAGAAGGCCUUUUUACCUGCUGCGUUUAAAAAAAGCCUUUAAAUGAAAAGUACCACUGUAACAAUCAGCUGACUGUGUUUCUCUUGUCUUUGAAUAAGUUAUUUACUCCGUGGAUCUACUGAACAUGUUCUCUGUUUUCUAGAGAAUGAUGAUUUCAAGGAUUUAACAUGUAAAUCCAGUAAAACGCUCAACCCUCUGCCGUGCUCUUUGACCUCUCAUGUUUUUUUAAUCAACACUUUCUCUGUUCAAGUGUUUCCUGUCUGCGCUGUUUAUUUUUUAUGUAAUUAUUUGAUAAUAAAAAAGAUAUUUUGAUUA